AUGUCGUCUAUGCGGGGUCUAGUCCAGUUCAUCGCCGACCUGCGAAAUGCACGAGCGCGCGAACUGGAAGAGAAACGAGUCAACAAAGAACUGGCCAAUAUCCGACAAAAGUUCAAAGGCGGUAGUUUGAAUGGAUAUCAGAAGAAGAAAUACGUCUGCAAGUUGCUCUACGUCUACAUCCAGGGGUACGACGUUGACUUUGGCCAUCUGGAGGCCGUCAACCUCAUCUCCUCCACCAAAUACUCUGAGAAGCAGAUCGGAUAUCUCGCCGUGACCCUCUUCCUCCAUGAGCAGCACGAACUCUUACAUCUGGUUGUCAACAGUAUUCGGAAGGAUCUGCUGGACCACAAUGAGCUGAACAAUUGUCUGGCGCUCCACGCGGUGGCCAACGUGGGUGGAAGAGAGAUGGGCGAGGCCCUCUCGACGGAUGUUCAUCGCUUGCUGAUCUCGCCGACUUCCAAAGCCUUUGUGAAGAAGAAGGCCGCUCUUACCCUUCUCCGACUGUAUCGCAAAUACCCGGGCAUCGUGCAGGCGGAGUGGGCGGAACGUAUAAUUUCUAUUAUGGAUGAUCCCGACAUGGGUGUCACCUUGUCGGUAACAUCUUUGGUCAUGGCACUGGCCCAGGAUAAGCCUGAGGAAUACGCAGGGUGUUAUGUCAAGGCUGCUUUUAGAUUGAAAAGGAUCGUGGUUGAUAACGACAUCGCGCCCGACUACCUCUACUACCGAGUGCCCUGUCCGUGGAUUCAAGUGAAGCUGCUCCGAUUGCUGCAGUACUAUCCUCCUUCCGGAGACACCCAUGUCCGCGACAUCAUUCGAGAGUCCCUGCAGCAGAUCAUGAACUCCGCUAUGGAUGCGCCGAAGAACGUGCAGCAGAAUAACGCCCAGAACGCGGUUCUUUUCGAAGCCAUCAACCUUCUUAUUCACCUAGACACUGAGCACAGUUUGAUGUUGCAGAUUUCUGCUCGGUUAGGCAAAUACAUUCAGUCUCGCGAGACCAAUGUUCGAUAUCUGGGUUUGGAAGCGUUGACGCAUUUUGCUGCCCGGGCGGAGACCCUCGAUCCCAUCAAAAAGCAUCAGAGCAUCAUCCUCGGCUCACUGCGAGAUCGUGAUAUCAGUGUUCGACGGAAGGGUUUGGAUCUGGUGUAUAGUAUGUGCGAUACGACCAAUGCUGGCCCGAUUGUGAACGAGUUGUUACGCUAUCUCCAGACAGCGGACUAUGCGAUCCGAGAAGAGAUGGUCCUGAAGGUUGCCAUCCUCACGGAGAAAUACGCCACCGAUGCCCAGUGGUACAUCGACAUGACACUUAAGCUUCUGUCUCUGGCCGGCGACCACGUCAACGAAGAAGUGUGGCAGCGAGUGAUUCAGAUUGUGACCAACAACGAAGAGCUACAAGCCUACGCGGCACACAACCUCCUUGGCUAUCUCAAGACCGACUGUCAUGAAAGUUUGGUGAAAAUCGGCUGUUAUGUUCUGGGCGAGUUCGGCCACUUGAUUGCUGACAGCCAGGGGUCAAGUCCGAUCGAGCAGUUUUUGGCAUUGCAAGCCAAGAUGAUUACCAGCACCGACAACACCCGGGCCAUGAUUCUGUCGUCGUUCGUCAAGUUUGUCAACCUUUUCCCCGAAAUCAAACCCCAACUCUUGCACAUCUUCCGCCUGUACAGCCAUUCUCCCGAUUCCGAGUUACAACAGCGUGCUUUUGAGUAUCUGUCGCUGGCGACGCUUCCCACCGACGAUCUGCUUCGGACGGUGUGCGACGAAAUGCCACCCUUUUCCGAGCGAGCCUCGAUCCUGCUCUCCCGUCUACACCAGAAAACGGCGGGCACGACGGAGAAAAAGACUUGGGUUGUGGGCGGCAAGGAUGCCAAUGCCGACCAGAAGGAGGUGCUGAUGGCACAAAAUACGGGCCUGAAGCGCAGCUUCACCACGAUUGUCAAUGGCACGAAGACUGGGACGAACGGAUCUGCUGGAGGCGCAGGUUCUUCUGGCGACUUGGCCGGGCUGGAUCUCAGCGCACCUGUUGCGCCGAACAUGGCUAGCGCCGCGCAUCUGACGCCUGACUGGGACGUCGGAUACAACAAAUUAUACUUUAACGAUGAAGGUGUUCUCUUUGAGGAUGCACAGAUCCAGGUCGGCCUGCGGUCUGAAUAUCGGGGUCAUAUGGGCGUGGUGAAAAUCUACAUUUCUAACAAGUCAUCCUACGCGAUCGGGUCUCUCACGACGACGCUGGACAACCGAGCCGCGCCGCAAUUGAAGCUUGACACGAAAAAUCUGCCCGAGCCGUCUCUGCCGGCAGCCGGACAGACACAGCAAACACUUCUGGUCGAAUCGCACGGGCCAUUCACGGAUGCACCUACAAUCCGAAUCUCAUACCUUGCCGGAGCGCUCCAGGCUUACACUCUGCAGCUUCCGAUUCUGAUGCAUCGAUUCAUGGAGCCGUCAGCGCUGUCGGCGGAGGAUUUCUUCAAACGGUGGCGCCAGAUCGGCGGAGGGCCAUUAGAGGCGCAGAAUACCUUUGCGGUGUCGACACGGGCCAAGGAUGUCAGCGAGGCGUUCACACGGCGGGUGGUGGAAGGGUUUGGGUGGAAGAUCCUGGACAACGUGGACCCGAACGGGAAGAAUAUUGUGGGCUGCGCUGUUUAUCAGUUUGUGAAUGGCAAGACGGGCUGCCUGUUGCGCCUGGAGCCCAACUAUGAGCGGAAGAUGUACCGAGUCACGAUUCGGGCCACGCAAGAAGCAGUACCGCAGGCAUUGGCUAAGCAGAUGGAGCAACGGCUGUCGCAAGGACCAUUGUAG